AGGCAUGGCGUUGUCAUUGGAAGGGCGUGCAGAUGAGCCGUGACCCAUUCUUUCUUUGAUUCUUUCUCGCUGUCAAUCAGUCAUUGGAUAACCGAGACCACCAUGCCCAUGGGUUAUCGAUAAAGGCGUUAUCUCCAUAAUUUGAUAUGGGUCUUCGGCGGUGCCGAUUGGGGCCGAAUACGAUCCUCACGCCCUGAAGGCGUGUCCCAAGACCAAAGACAGGUAGAAGGAUGUGGUCCAAACAUCGAAGGUGCUAGUAGCAUGGUUGGUUUCGGCAUGCUUUUGAUACCCCAGACGAAAAAACCGUAUCCUACUUCUCAGACCCCGUCCAUCCUCCCCCCACUACCCAUUCUCUCUCAGUAUUAACUGUUAUCUUUAUUCUUCGGCGAUUUGUUUCCCAUUGAGGCUGCAUUGAUUAUUAUCAUUUCCCCAGACUGGUGUCACUGAAGCACCUCAGCUUCCAGUUGACUCGCAACGGAGUUAAACCGGAGCAUCACCACGAAAAUGGAGUUCUUUGAUUUCGAUGGGGCCUCGUAUGGGUCCCAGUCUCAAGUUCGUGACGAUGAUGUGGCUUCAGACAGCAGGGAUUUCGAUGAAAAUGACGAUGCUGUUGCCAACUACAAGUCACUUCUACUGGAUCAACCCUUGGAGUUCCCUAACAAUUUGCCGGAGCAAGAUGUUGAACCCGCCAUCAAGCAAUCCCCGGGUCCGGUCAUGGAUAACGGUGUCUAUCCCAUGGGUCGUGCUAAAGAGCCUUGUGACUUUUGCAGGAACAUGGGACUGGACUGUUUUGUUGCCAACAGGGGAGUCAUGCAAAACAGUGGGUGUACCUGUUGCAUCUCGCUCUACCGAGAGUGUAGUUUCACUCAUGCCAAAGCACCUGGCAAAUUUCUGGACACGUUACACCCGAUCAAUGAGAACACCUACAUUCCAACCGGUGGCUUAACGGGGAAGAAAGCACUUAAAUCGGCUUACGGUGCAACCUUUGUUGGCGAUGUCGAUGGUCGCGGGGGGAAAGGUAGUUCGCGACUUUCGCGCGAAGCAGUCCGUGUUCUCAAGACAUGGUUAUACGAGCAUAGCGACCACCCGUAUCCCAACGAGCAGGAGAAGGAUGAAUUGAAGCAGCGUACAGGGCUGAAGCGGACCCAAAUUUGCAAUUGGCUUGCCAAUGCCAGACGGCGUGGUAAAGUUCGUCCCGCUCCACGCAGCAGCUCUCCGGUUCCCGGUGCUAUGGAUAUCCCGAGGCAAAAACAACUGGAUAUAACUCUCAUGACUCCACUUGAGCGUUGGAAGCACUCCCCCCCUGAAAACGAACCUGCUGCUACAUCUGAUAUUCUCCGAGCCUUGGUGAACACUCCUUUAGAUUCUGCUCGGCAGCGACCGUCUCAAUCAAGUCACGUGCGCUCCCAUUCUCGGAAGACUGGGUCAAGCAAUGACUCAAGCCAUGGCAACUCAAAUAUAUUCCGUGCCCCUUCUAUUAGUAGCUUGGAGACAAGUCGGUCAGCCACUCACUCAUCUAUAUCUGACCUGUCCUUCGCCUCCGCCUUCUCCCAUAGAUCCUCAUUGGGGUCAUUCGGUUCCAUGGACCGAAAGGAACGUCGCCGCCGCCGUAAAGCUCCAGCACUCGUGAACGCUUUCAAUCAACAAAAGACUCGCAGUACUCGUAUCUUCCAGUGUACAUUCUGUGCCGACUCUUUCCAGACCAAGUAUGAUUGGCAACGACAUGAGAAAUCGCUGCACUUAGCUUUGGAGAAGUGGACCUGCUCGCCUCAGGGAGGUGUAGUUUUCAUGGACGGCGCAAACCGCUGUGUAUUCUGUAUGGCGGCUAAUCCUGAUAACGACCAUCUUGAAUCGCACAAUUUCAGUACAUGCCAAGAGAAAUCUCCUUCUGAGCGAGCCUUCUAUCGCAAGGACCAUCUCAAUCAACAUCUGAGGUUGGUGCAUGACGUGAAGUUCCACCCUUCAAUGGAUAAAUGGCGAAGUAAUACCUGCGAGAUAAGAUCGCGGUGCGGAUUCUGUGCAACUAUUCUCACAACGUGGAAAGACCGAGUUGACCACCUAGCUUCCCAUUUCAAGAGUGGUGCCGACAUGACUCAAUGGCAGGGAGAUUGGGGUUUCGAUCCCGAUGUCGAAAACUUGGUCGAGAACGCGAUGCCCCCGUACCUCAUCGGCCAGGAAAAGUUCACAUUGGAUCCUUACAAACCUUCACGUGCCACAGGGCAGUCGCCAAGCUUGACCGUGCCAGGAGACGCAAACUGCUAUGAGCGUCUCCAGCGCGAGCUAAUGGUUUUUAUACAUAACCGUAUGGCUGCUGGUGUUACCCCAACGGAUCAGAUGCUUCAAGAUGAAGCCCGGCGCAUCAUUUAUGAUAAUGCUGAUCCUUGGAACCAGACCUGCGCGGAUAACCCAGUCUGGCUUGGAGUUCUUAAACGUGUCGCUGGACUUGAAGACGUUCCUGGCUCAGAGGAUGUUCAAUUCGCUAACUUGGGCAUGCAACCACCUUAUGCUGCCCAAGGUGGUCUACGGCGCCCGCCAGUUGAGACCAACUCCGUAGCUCGGAGCAUAUUUCAUCGUCUUCCCUUCAGCCAAAGUCACUCUAGCUCUGGCUUCCAGAGUCCCGCAUUCCCAAGCACGGGUCGGUCCUCAGCGGCAGCGAGCGUUCCAGGGAGCUCAAAUGGCAGCUACGCUGGUAGCUUUGGAAUGGUCCCUCCUGUGACACAUUCUGGCUUAUCCACUGAUUGGGGAAGUAGUCUCUCAGCUGGGGUCUCAUCAUUUUCGACGCCUAUGAGCGGCUCAGUGGACCCGUUCGUGCAAAUGGGAUUUGAUCCUGAGUUCCUGCAGCAGUUGAAUGACAGUUAUGGGGAGCUGGAUUUGGAUGACUUACAAGGAUUGGAAUUGGGGGGAAACAGCCAGCAUGAGGGUGGCCUCCUACCUGGGAGAGACGAAAGUAAAGUGGACACUUUGCCCGACUCUAACGUUGGGUCUGCACCCAUCCCUAUUCCCAGCCCAAAACACGCGGACAUUUUGAUGACCGAUGCUGUUCCUUAUCAAGGGCCACAAUCACCUGGUAAGGGUGGCUUCUGAAAGUGAUGAGAUAGGAGAUGUGUAUAGUGGGCCGUGAUUUUGGAGCUGUUCAAAAGUUUCGUGAUGUGCUUUUUUCUUUCUCGGGGGACUUUUCUUCUUUGUCUCAGUGACUUUCAUGCAUAGCUUCUCAACGAUUCCCGACAUGGCAGCGUGUUAGUUUAUAUAAUGAAAUUAAUCCAAGACGAUUUGCCUUCCGUCUAAUUAAUAAUCGCGUCAAGGGCGCAAGUGUGUAAGCGCUAAGCUCGAUGAUUGGUUGCAUGUGAUGGGUGAUCAUCGGCAGGGCGUACCCGUGAUCUUGGGAAUGACACUUAAUUUACUACUGAG